UUUGAAAGUGGUUUUAAAGGUGCAGCUGAAAUGGCAGUGAGAACAACCGCAAUAAACAACUUCAUAUUUUUAACCGAUUGCUUUGUUAUCCUUUUUCGAUAAUGUUUUUCGGCAUAAUUCAGGACUAACUUACAUAUUAUGCUUUGUAUAGGUGACUUUAAGUUGUAGGUUGAAUGUAGGACAAGUAUGUUCUAAAUAGACUGGCAUUUUUAAUCCAGUUAUUGUGACCAUAAAUUCUUCCAUGAUGGACAUAUGGGGGCAAAUGGGAAGAGAAUUAAGCUGAUGGAAGAAGAACAAUGCUUGACUAACAAUGGACUAUUUAGAGAUCCUGCCAUGGAAAGCCACGACUUUUCCUCAUCUAGAAAUAACUACACAUGUACAUUAACACCCGAGCUCAUUGCCAAAGCAAGAGAGGAGCUCCAAGAAAAACCAGAAUGGAGACUUCGAGAUGUUCAGGCUUUACGUGACAUGAUCCUUAAAGAACACCCACAUCUUAGAACUCGCAUUGAUGAUUCUUUCCUUUUGCGAUUUCUUCGUGCCAGAAAGUUUGAUUAUGACAGAUCUCUGAAACUUCUUGUGAAUUAUUAUGCAAGCCGCCGCAGUUGGCCUGAAGUGUUCAAAAAUCUUAGACCAUCAAAUGUGAAACAUGUAUUGGAUUCUGGCUUCUUAACCGUCCUUUCGCAGCCUGAUCCUGAUGGGCGAUUUGUUUUGUGUCUUCGACCAGGGAAGUGGAGACCAAAUGAUUACCCAUUUGUAGAUAAUAUUCGUGCUAUGUACUUGACUUUGGAGAAGUUAAUUCAGUCAGAAGAGACUCAGGUCAAUGGGAUUGUUAUUCUUGCAGAUUACAAUGGUGUUGGUCUGUCACAAGCAUCCCAUCUGGGGCCUUUUCUAGCCAAAAAAGUGGUAGGCAUUCUCCAGGAUGGAUUUCCAAUUCGAAUAAAAGCUGUAAAUGUUAUUAAUGAGCCUAGAAUAUUCAAGGGAGUAUUUGCCAUUAUUAAGCCAUUUCUGAAAGAAAAGAUGGCUCAGAGGUUUAUUCUUCAUGGUUCAGACCUAAUCUCUCUUCACCAGCGGCUUCCCCGGGACAUUCUUCCUGAAGAGUAUGGUGGCACAGCUGGAAAACUGGAUCCUUCAGAAUGGUGGAGUACCUUGCUGAGUUCAGAAGAGGAGUUUGUUGCUGAGUUCUGCCAGUCAUUCCCACUUGGGAACACCGAUUCCAAUGACCCGUUCAUUUUUGAAGGGGAACCUACCCAAUCUCAUUCUGAGGAUUCUUACAGGGGAUUAAGGUCACAGCUAUAUUACUGUUACUGACAGCCCAGCUUUAUUUUGUGCUGUUCUCAAAAGUGUUUAUAUUUUGCGGUAACUCACUUGAAUCUCAUAUACCCAGAUAAAACCAGUGAAGGGUAUUGAUAACUGUUUGUUUUACUGGGAGUUUUGGACCGCAUGGUACACAAAUUGGCAAUGCUUUAAAAGAAAAGAUGAAUAAACAUUAUGUAAAUUGUCCCAGUA